AUGUUUCGGGGAGAUCGGGGUAUGGCGCAGCCCGACUCGAGCAGAGGCGGGGGGUCGAAGGACGCGAGGGGGUACCGGGAAAGAGACGUGGCGGGGGGCGCGGUGGGGGGCGGAGCGGGAAUGGAUGCGCACACGGGGAAGAAGCGCGGGGAUGAGAUGGCGAUGGCGCAAGGUCAGGGAAGCAAAGGGGGCAUUAAUCCGCGCGAUAAGGAGAGGCUUUCGGGGGUGCCGUCGUCCUCGCAACAAGCCGCUGUCGGCCAGGGAAAGGAUUCAGAGAGCGAGGAGUCGGACGUGAGCGACUCGGAGGACGACACGUCGUGGAUCACGUGGUUCUGCUCGCUGAAGGGCAACGAGUUCUUCUGCGAGGUGGACGACGAGUACAUUCAGGACGACUUCAAUCUCUCGGGGCUCAGCAGCCAGGUGCCCUACUACGACUACGCGCUCGACCUCAUCCUCGACGUCGAGUCGCCCACAGGGGACGGAGGGGCUCAUGGAUGGGCGAGGGAGAGGGAGAUUGGGAGAGAGGGUGCGAAGGGCAAGGGAUGGAUCAUCACGUGGUUCUGCUCGCUGAAGGGCAACGAGUUCUUCUGCUCGCUGAAGGGCAACGAGUUCUUCUGCGAGGUGGACGACGAGUACAUUCAGGACGACUUCAACCUCUCGGGGCUCAGCAGCCAGGUGCCCUACUACGACUACGCGCUCGACCUCAUCCUCGACGUUGAGUCGCCCACAGGUGCGGUGAUGCGCGAGAGUGUGGCAGGUGCUCGUGGUGGGGGAGGGGAUGAGGGGACACGCCCGCAUGGGGAUGGGGGAAGGGAUGAGGGGUUGCGCGCGGGCAUGGGGGUGGGGGAGGGAAUGAGGGGGCACGCGUGCAUGGGGUUGGGGGAGGGGAUGAGGGGACACGCCCGCAUGGGGAUGGGGGAGGGGAUGAGGGGGCACGCGCAUGGGGGUGGGGGAGGGGAUGAGGGGGCACGCGAAUGGGGGUGGGGGAGGUGA